UCGCGUUGCGCAUUUCCGUCGCCAUAACGUCACUUCUGGACGUCAAUAUGCGGCUCGGUGCGGCGCUGGGAAACAGCCGCUGAAAGGAUGGAAACUAAGUAACCAGCGAAGCCUUUCCGUCAGCGAGGAGCCUCCAGGGAAACGCCGCGACCGCGUCGAUAAGCAAGGAGCCCCCCGCAGACUGACAGCAGCUCCCCUGGGUGGUUAUCCCCCCCGAAGCGGCGGACCGCCUGCCUCAAGCAGCCAUCUUUUUGUGAGAGAAUGGACGGGGCGACGCGGCGGGCCUGCUCGGGCUACGGCCCCGGCCGGAGCUUGCUGAUGCUCUCCACCGCGCUGCUGCUCUCGGCCGUCGCUCUGCUCUCCGGGCUGCCGGGUUUCGCCGAGGCGAAGGAAUGCGACAAGCCCUGUCUGAACGGGCAGUGUAACGCCGCCACGGGCAGCUGUGUGUGUUUCCCCGGCUGGGUCGGGGACCAAUGCCAGCACUGCGGAGGGAGAUUCAGGCUCACAGGACCGUCUGGUUACCUGACUGAUGGGCCAGGAAACUAUCAGUACAAGACAAAGUGCACCUGGCUUAUCGAGGGACAGCCAAACACCGUUCUGAGAUUACGAUUCAACCACUUUGCCACUGAAUGCAGUUGGGACCAUCUCUACGUUUACGACGGCGACUCCAUUUACGCACCGCUGCUCGCUGCUUUCAGUGGGUUGAUUGUUCCGGAGCGAUACGGGAAUGAGACGGUUCCUGAGGUGGUGUCCCAGUCCGGCUACGCCCUGCUGCACUUCUUCAGUGAUGCAGCCUAUAACCUGACAGGCUUCAAUAUUUCAUACAGGGUCAACACGUGUCCCAACAACUGCUCUGGCCGCGGCGAGUGCCGGGUGGGGAACUCCACCGCCUCGGUUUACUGCGAGUGUGAAUCCAACUGGAAGGGGGAAGCCUGCGACAUCCCAUACUGCCUGGAUGACUGCGGUUUCCCUGAAAGGGGCCGCUGCCAGGGAAAGAGCUGCAUCUGCAAAGCCGGAUGGCAAGGUCCGGACUGCUCCGUCUCGGUUCCCGCCAACUCUUCGUUUUGGAGCCGCGAGGAGCACCUGGAGCCCGGCCUGGCCAGGGCUUCCCACAAGGCCGUGGUGGAGCAGGGCGUCAUGUGGGUCAUCGGAGGCUACGUCUUCAACACGUCGGACUACCACAUGGUCAAAGCUUACAACCUCAGCAGCAAGACCUGGCUGACCCUUGACCCCUCCGUCAACACGGUGACCCCUCGAUAUGGUCACUCACUAGCUCUGCACGAGGGGAAAAUCUACAUGUAUGGAGGAAAGAUUGACUCGACCGGAAAUGUGUCGAGUCAGCUGUGGGUUUUCCACAUCCAGAACCAGACCUGGGUCCUUCUUAACCCCCGGCCCAAGGACCAGUACGCUGUGGUGGGACAUUCGGCCCACAUAGUGCCGCCCGCGCAAGAGUGGGACAGUCCCGUCAUGCUGGUCCUGUUUGGACACUGUCCUCUUUACGGUUACAUCAGCAAUGUGCAGGAGUACAACAUCGUGAAGAACACAUGGAGCGUGGUGAGUACAGACGGAGCGCUGGUCCAAGGCGGCUACGGCCACAGUAGCGUGUUUGACCCCAGCACCAGAGCCAUCUACAUCCACGGAGGCUACAAGGCCUUCAGUGCCAACAAGUACGGGCUGGCGGGAGACUUGUACAAGUUUGACGUGGACAAACGGAAAUGGACCAUUCUGAGAGACAGCGGCUUCUUCCGCUACCUUCACACGGCGGUCAUAGUCAGCGGCGCCAUGCUAGUGUUUGGAGGAAACACGCACAAUGACACGUCCAUGAGCCACGGUGCCAAGUGCUUCUCCUCGGACUUCCUGGCCUACAGUUUGGCCUGCGACGAGUGGACGGUGCUGCCCCGACCGGACCUCCACCAUGACGUCAACCGCUUCGGACACUCUGCCGUCUUCAGCGACAGCGCCAUGUACGUGUUCGGGGGCUUCAACAGCCUGCUGCUGAGCGACAUCCUGACGUACACCUCGCCAAGCUGCUCUGCCUUCUACAGCCCGUCGUCCUGCAGCCAGGCCUGGCCCGGGAUCCACUGUGUGUGGAACGGCAGCCUGGGAGCCUGCCUGCCGUGGGAGGGCAACAGCUCCAGCGCCGAGCCGCAGCAGCAGCAGCCGCUCCCGGCCUCCUGCAACACCAGAUCAUAUGCCGAUAAUGAGAGGUGUGAGCAGUACACAGACUGCUACAGCUGCACGGCCAACACAAACAGCUGCCAGUGGUGUUCGGGCCAGUGUGUGUCUCUGGGAAGUAACUGUACCGCUGCUACGGGAUCCAUAGCGGAGUACGACGUUUGCCCCAAAGACAACCCAUCAUAUGUGUGCAAUAAGAAAACCAGCUGCAAGAGCUGCUCUGUGGACCAGAACUGCCAGUGGGACAAUCGCAACCAGGAGUGCAUCUCACUGCCAGAGAACGUGUGCGGCGAGACCUGGCACCUGGUGGGCAACUCCUGCCUGAAGUUCAACACGACCAGCGAGUCGUACGACAACGCCAAGCUGGCCUGCCGGAACCACAAUGCCUUCCUGGCCUCCCUCACCACGCAGAAGAAGGUGGACUUUGUCCUGAAGGAGCUGCAGAUCAUGAACGUCAUGUACAAGACGACAAUGACUCCCUGGGUGGGGCUGAGGAAAAUCAACGUGUCCUACUGGUGCUGGGAGGACAUGUCGCCCUUCACCAACACCACCCUACAGUGGCUGCCCGGUGAGCCGAGCGACGCCGGGUUCUGUGGCUACCUGGCCGAACCGGCCUCCAGCGGGCUGAAGGCGCAGUCCUGCAUCAACCCCGUGAACGGCAGCCUGUGUGAGCGACCCGCGAACCACAGCGCCAAGCAGUGCAAGACCCCCUGCGCCAUGCGGACCACCUGCAGCGAGUGCACCAGCGGCACCUCGGAGUGCAUGUGGUGCAGCAACAUGAAACAGUGCGUGGACUCCAACGCCUACGUGGCCUCCUUCCCGUUCGGCCAGUGCAUGGAGUGGUACACCAUGAGCAACUGUCCACCUGAAAACUGUUCCGGCUACAGAACAUGCGGCCAGUGUUUGGAUCAGCCCGGUUGUGGUUGGUGCACGGACCCCCACAACACGGGAAAAGGCCAGUGCAUCGAGGGUUCCUACCGGGGGCCCUUCCAGACAUUGGUGCCAGCGCCGUCCACCCUGCCCGGUCUGCCCGCCGGCCCCCAGCCCUCCCUGAACUCCAGCAUGUGCCCCAGCGAAGCCAAGUAUAACUGGUCCUUCAUUCACUGCCCAGCCUGUCAGUGUAAUGGCCACAGUCAGUGUGUCAACGAGAGCGUGUGUGAAAAGUGCGAGGACCUGACAACCGGCAGACACUGCGAGAGCUGCAUCUCCGGUUUCUACGGCGAUCCGACCAACGGGGGCAGCUGCCAGCCCUGUAAGUGUAAUGGCCACGCCAGCAUGUGCAACCCCAGCAACGGGAAAUGCUUCUGCACCACCAAAGGCAUCAAAGGAGAUCGAUGCCACAUGUGUGAAGUGGAGAGCCGUUACCAAGGCAACCCGCUCAAAGGGACAUGCUACUACACGCUCCUCAUCGACUACCAGUUCACCUUCAGCCUGUCGCAGGAGGACGACCGCUACUACACCGCCAUCAACUUCGUGGCCACACCUGAGGAGCCAAACCGCGAUCUGGACGUGUUCAUAAAUGCCUCCAAGAACUUCAACCUGAACAUUACAUGGGCGACCAGCUUCACAGCAGGCACCCAGACCGGAGAGGAGAUUCCCAUCAUCUCACGGUGUAACAUCAAGGAAUUCAAGGACAGUUUUUCAAACGAGAACUUUGAUUUCCGCAACAGUCCGAACAUAACGUUCUUCGUCUACGUCAGCAACUUCACCUGGCCCAUUAAGAUCCAAAUUGCUUUUUCCCAGCACAGCAACUUUAUGGACCUGGUGCAGUUCUUUGUCACGUUCUUCAGCUGCUUCCUGUCGCUGCUGCUGGUGGCCGCCGUGGUGUGGAAAAUCAAACAGAGCUGCUGGGCGUCACGACGACGAGAACAACUGCUGAGGGAGAUGCAGCAGAUGGCCAGUCGGCCUUUCGCCACCAUCAACGUGGCUUUGGAGGCGGACGAAGAGCCGCCUGACCUGAUAGGAGGAAACGUCAAGUCCGUUCCAAAACCCAUCGCCCUUGAGCCUUGCUUUGGCAACAAAGCCGCCGUGCUCUCCAUCUUUGUACGGUUACCCAGAGGCUCCGGCGGCAUCCCUCCUCCAGGACAGUCUGGCCUGGCGGUGGCCAGCACGCUGGUCGACAUCUCCCAGCAGAUGUGUGUGGGCUACAAGGAGAAGUCCGGGGGUCUGAGGAGCCGCAAGCAGCAGCCUUCUGCACAGCCGUCCACCUGCAUCUGAGCCGACCACCCGCCGCCCCUACACCCAACGCUCUUCAUCCCCCCGCCCUGCCCCGCUCCCUCCUCCUCCUCGCUGCUCAGCCUCCCUCCUUCAGAGACUUCUGGCGGGGAGAGGUGCAUGCUGGGACAUAGUAGUGGAACAUUUUGAUGAGAUCACUCUCUCUCCUUCUCCUCGUACCAGAACCGACCGGGACAAAGGUGGAGGGGUGUUGUGGGGGUUUCGGGUGGGGGUGAGAGAGGACCAGAGGAGGCGCUGGCUCCGCCCCUUCCUCCACGUUUUACAUUUGUUAACACGGCCUGGAUGGAGUGGAGGCGGCUCGCUGCUACAGCACAUCCUCAGUCUCAUAGUUUCUAAAGAACAAAAAAAACCUCCAGAGACUCUGCAACCCUAAAAUGUUGUUUUAAUUUAAAUUAUUUUUUUGUUGUUCUGCUUUUUUUUAAUUUUAUGUUAUUUUACUUUAAAUCGAAGGAACAAACUGGAAAACACUAAACUACACACUCCAAAAAAAAAAAAAAAAAAAAAAAUCCACACGGCUUCCCCUGCUGCAUCGUUACCCAUCUGGAAGCACCGAGUCGCCCCGGGCAACGUUAUCUCAAAUCCAGUAGCCUUCCGGUUUCGCCGACCAGCAGACGGAUGAUCCCCUGCGUGGCCACAGUCUGAGGUUUCCAUCCAGAACCGCCUUCCUGGAACCGGGCCGGGCCGGACCGGGCCGGACCAGGCGUAGGAAAGGAGACGCUCCCGCCUGCCUGCCUGGGGUCGGCUCAGCAGAGGCCGCCCGCCCUGCCAGUCUGCUUCCAACGUUUCACACACAAAUCACAUGUACAUCCAUCGGUAGUUUGUGGACAUGAGAAAAUGCCGUCCGAUUAAAAAUGUUCUGGCUUUACAAGCUGACUGCAGCGGUUAGCGCGAUGAGCAUCAUCAGACCAGUAGUUCUGUCUCUCCAUUGUUCAAAUCAUUGAUCCUGAAUCCUAAACGCUUUGCUUUGAAUUAGGAUUAGUUAGCCGCUCAGUUAGUGGGGAGGCAACGUACGGCUUCCUGUUGACGGGUCAGGAUUUCUACGGUACCAGACCGAUUGGAGCAGAAUGGUCAUCAGGUCUGAUUCUGUUUCUUUGUUGUUGUUCUUAUGAGUGACUCAUUUUACCCCAACAUUUUAUUUCAGAUUCUUUUCUCAGAAAGUCGUAAUGAAAACAAACGUUACUGUUGAGCCGGAGGAUGAAAUUCCACUGAUUCAACCAGCCGAGGUUAAAAACACUUCAUUUGUUGAUCAAAAACAUAAAGAUGCUGCUAUGACCAAACAGAAAGAUAAACACAUACUUGAAAAAAUGUUAAUUACUCAGUAAGAGUCAACAAAACAUUUAGCACAGCAAGAAGGCUGUAAAACUAUUUCCCCUAACUAAAUUUAAGGAGAAAAAUUUUGUUUAUUCUUUUUUUCUCAAACAAUAGAAGAUGGAGAAUCAAAGUCUAGUUAUUGCGGCGCGAGUCCAUCUGGACACACCGGUCAGAGGCUUCAGGAUCAUUUCCAGUCUGCGGUUGUUUUCGUCAAACCUUUGAAAUCAUGAAAUCUGCUGAAUUUGUCUCCCAUGUCAUAUUCUCUCAUGCAGCAGCUCUACCAAAAACCAGCUACUGUUUCUAAUUUCUGUUUUUGCAUCAACAGUGGCCGGUACUUAAAGCAAAAACCUGCAAAAUUAGACGUAUCCUUCUGUUGCAGGAGUGAACAAACGGUCUUUGUAUCUUCCAUCUUCCCCUUUAGCUCUUUUUCGUAAUAAAACCCAUUUAUUUUGGUCUUUCCGACAAAUGCUAGCGCCAACGUUCCUCAGUUUUUUGCAAAACCCAGAGAGGUUUUCCGAAUUUUGCCUUUUCCAACCGCUGUUUGUAAUGUUAUUAAAAACAUCACAGUAAUGAAAACACGGCUAGCGGAAACACAGAAGAGGUUUUUUGUUGUUGUUGCUGUCGCUCCAAAGUAGCGUUUUACAGAACCGGAAAGGACCUGAUUUUUAAACUUUUGAUUCUGGUCCCGAGACAAGUUUUUUUUUGGAUCACAUCUCCAUUUUUUGUGUUAUUUGUUUUACCUUCUCGGGUUUCCUCCUCGAUGGUCAUCUUUUCCUCCGUUUCUUGCCCAAACACCUGCAGGGUUCUGACAGAAGACAGAGACAUAAUUUAAUAGAGGAAAUCCCCCCGCCCGCCUCACUGGGUUAUUAACUUCCCGCCCUCUGAAAAGCGCCGUUAUGGAACAGUUUAAUAACCUGCGUCGUGCCCUAAAGAGCUUGUUGUGUUUGGUUGCGAGUUCUCCCGUGUGCUCGCUGCCGAAGAACUGCGCGGCGUGGAUCUGGUCGGUUAAAGGCCACACUUUCAGCGGCGGGAAAAGGUCAGAGCAGAAAGCAUGAACAAAGUUGACAUUCUGUAAUUAUAAAGCGCCCCACAACUCCACUCAGCAACUCCAGCAGUCACCGCAGUAUUAAGAAGUCAACACUACUUCUGCUGGUUUUGCUUUUUCUCUUUCUUUUUUUUUCUUUUUUCCCCUCUCCACUCAUCAUAUCCAUCGAAGUCAAUUUUUUUGUUGUUUUUUUAGCAUUUAUUGCAACAUUCGGAAGUACGGUUUAAAUCUGCUGCUUCUGCUAAAGCGUGGCGUUUUUAAAAGUUUCUCAGCAUCACACACACACGCGUGUGCGCACAAAACGAAUCAGUAGUUAUAAAAUGCAUUUUAGUGUUGGAUCUCUUUAAGAGAACAAAGGCCUCCCUCCACCGCUUUGCUGCGCUGGAUGUUUAAUAUCAGAGUCUGCAAAGUCAUGCGAAAACGUCGCCGCUUUCUCGCGUUUCACAAACUGAUUUGCAAAUCAAAGAUUCUUCAUUUAUUAGAAACUGGAAAAAUGAACAAAAAGAAACAU